UUGACAAACGAGUCUCCUAUCUGGACGUCAGACGUCUAUAAGACUUUUUUCAGGAUGGCACUUUUCGGCCUACUUUUAACUUUGGCAACUCCAGCGCUCACUUUUCUGUUAUUCCUGCUUAUCACUACGUUUCUUGGAUACUGCUUGUAUAUUAAAUACAUUCAUUUGAAAUAUGACCACAUGCCCGGGCCACCAAGAGACAAUUUUCUCCUCGGACACUCACCAUCGUUUUUGAGGAUAAUGAAAAAUGGCGAAAAUGUACACGACAAAUUUCUGGAGUGGGCUGAGAGGUAUGGGCCUGUGUACAGGAUAAAUAUUCUUCACUAUGCUGCAGUGUUUGUGUCCUGCCCAGAGGCAACAAAGGAAGUCCUGAUGUCCCCAAAGUACCCCAAAGAUAAAUUUGUUUACAAGAGACUCUUCUACCUGUUUGGUCAAAGGUUCUUAGGGAAUGGCUUGGUAACAGCACAGGAUCAUGAGCAGUGGUACAAACAGCGUCGGAUCAUGGACCCUGCGUUCAGUAGUGUGUAUCUGAGAGGUCUAAUGGGAACCUUCAAUGAGAGGGCAGAGAAACUGAUGGAUAAACUUUCAGAUGUUGCUGAGAAUAAAACAGAAGCUAAUAUGCUCCACCUUGUCAACUCUGUUACCCUGGAUGUCAUUACUAAGGUUGCCUUUGGGGUAGACUUGGAUCUCCUGAAGAAUAGUUCACCUUUCCCUAAAGCCAUUGAGACAUGUCUGACAGGAAUGAUUUACUAUAUCAGAGACACAUUUUUUGAGUUCAAUCCAAAGAACAGAGCAUUUGUUAAUGAGGCAAGGGAAGCGUGCCGCCUGUUGCGCACAACUGGAGCUCAGUGGAUCCAUGAGAGAAGGACCGCCAUUCAAAAUGGUGACGAGGUCCCCAAGGACAUCCUGACACAGAUCAUCAAAUCUGCCAGCCAAGAGGACAAGAUGACUGAAGAAGAUGAGGAGUUUAUGCUUGACAAUUUUGUGACAUUCUUCAUUGCCGGCCAAGAAACAACUGCAAAUCAACUGGCUUUUUGUGUCAUGGAGCUUGGAAGACAUCCUGAUAUACUGGAGAAGGUGAAGAAAGAGGUGGACGAUGUCAUUGGGAUGAAACGCGAAAUAAGCUAUGAUGACCUGGGGAAGUUAGUCUACCUGUCACAGGUGCUGAAAGAGACUCUGAGAAUUUACCCCACAGCUCCAGGCACAUCUCGAGAAAUUGCUGAAGACAUGGUCAUUGAUGGUAUCCGCAUACCUGGGGGAUUCACUGGUGUAUUCAGCUCCUAUGUGUGUGGGAGACUGGACAAAUUCUUCAAGGAUCCACUGACAUUUGAUCCAGACAGAUUUCACCCAGAUGCUCCCAAGCCUUAUUACUGCUACUACCCUUUUGCCCUCGGUCCUCGCUCGUGCCUAGGAAAGAACUUUGCUCAGAUGGAGGCUAAAGUGGUGAUGGCCAAACUGCUGCAGAGGUUUGAUUUCACUCUUGUCCCGGGACAGACCUUUGACAUCCUGGAUGCCGGUACACUCAGACCAAAGAGUGGAGUGGUGUGCACUUUGAGCCACAGGGAUCACAAAGAAUAAAAGGCCUUAAACUACAUAACAUUAGAAGUCAUAGUAGUUCAUAGGGUAGGAUUAGGUUUUUACUUGUGUCUAAAACUGUGAUUUUUUUUUUUUAAGAAAAAAUGAAUGAAUGAAUUACAUUGUGUAUUCAAAUGAAAUUAUUGUAUUAAUUGUUAUGUCUUAAUUACGGUAAUGACUAUUAUGCAAACAUUUUUGAGGGAAGUGGGUUUAAUACCAUUUGUUGCAAUAUAUAAUUUAUAUGUAUAUUUCUGUGCAAACCUCAUUUCUUUAUAUUUUGUUAUGAAAAUGGGAAACAGGUGCAGCACUUUACUGAAACUUAUGCGAACAUACAUGUAAAUACAGUCUAUAAGGCAAAAAAAAAAAGCUUAUACAAUUGUAACAAACAUGAAAGUCGAUAUUUAGUGUGACCACCUUUAUUCUUCAACACAGCUGGAUUCUUUACAGAUGGUAUUUCAUGCUGGAUCAAAAUCUGAUGGUAUUUUUCUGCAUUCAUAAUUUCAUGAAUUUUGUCAAGAUCUCCAACACCACUGGCUGAAAUGCAGCCCCAAACUAU